AUGGGGAGCAAGGCUCUAGAGGGUGGCUCUACAGGCGAGAGAGUCAUUGGCAGAGAGGUAGGCGAGAUUGGUAGGGAGGCAGGUGAGACUGGGUUGGGCGGCGUCAGCGUUCGGAGCGUGCUUGUUCUUCAAAUGGGCACCCACUCUGACAAG